AUGUUGGCCGACCUAUACACAAUGUUGGAACCGAAAGAUUACUUGUAUGUUGGAGGCGGUCUCUCCCUCCUCUACUUGCUCAACGGGGUUCCUUCGCACGCCUUCUGCGAGAUCGUGCUUGGUGCCGUCCCCGCGGCUUUCACAUACAAAGUAUUGCUCGACACCGAGAUCAACCAAGAGGGCCAAGAGGCGCUGAUGUUCUUCUGGGUGCUGCACGGCGUGUUCGUCGCCGCCGGCCAUCUGAUCGCCACGACCCCGUCGUUUUACAUCUUGAAGUUCGCGCUGCUCGGGUUCUUCCUGUUCAAGGCGAUCACGAAGAAUGAUCAGAUCCUGGCCAACAUUCGCGAGAGCUGGGGCUGGCGCUCGAAGCGUUCAGCCAUUGGCACCAGCCGUUUUGCUGACACCACCGAGUGCACCCAGAUGCAUACCAACCAUCGGCGCGAGAAGCCGAUGCCCCUCUACGACGAGUCGAUGCUGUCCACAGCUCGCGAGGCGAUGAAAAGCCGCAUCGAGGGCACGCCAAGAACCUUCAAGGCUUCAAGCGUUCGGCUGCAGACCACGACCUACCACUCAAUCGAGAACCAGGGUUUUCGUGCUGUUGGCACCCCAUUCAUCCGUGGCGAGGAAAAGCUUGAUGCCAGCCCGAACUUGUUCACCCCGGAAACGCGAUCGGCUGACUCGACGCUGAAGCAAGACCUGACGGAGGAGAAUACGAACGCCCUUCUCGGAAUCACGACGGCUUUGGAGGAUAGUCGUGCCAACGACGCCGCCCACCACCCGUCCUUUGACACCCUGACGUCGCAUGCGGCCGCCAGCGGUGAUUCGACAAGGCAAACCAUUCCACUCGGCCGCGGUGAGGUCCACACCUGCCCCUGCAAUCUGAUUACCUUUGACGACACGACGGUCGGUACCAACACCUCGGUCACGCUUGUCAACACGACCAAUGAAAGGAUCAUGUGGGCUUUGAAGACGAAUGCGCAUGAUCGUCUCCAAGCUUCGCCGAAUUGUGGUGUCAUGACGAGCGGAACUGCCGUCGCGAUCGUGUUGGCUAUUGCCGAGGAUUGCAAGCACAUGGCUGACGGCGCCCACAGGGUUGCCAUCGACUACGCCUUCGUCGGCGGCACGAUCCAAGCCUUCGAGAAGGAGAUGUUCGUCGCGAUGCCGCGCCACCGCCACUUGAUGAAAAUCAAUUACCUGCGCAACGCCGAC